GGCGCCGGGGAGCGGGCGUGCGCCUGUGAAGGGGCCGCUUCCCUGGCGGAAGGAGCGCGGAGGGGCGGCGGGAAGGGCCUGCUGCGUCCCUCUCCGGCCCCCCUGCCGGCCCCGCGGCCCCCCGCCUCCCGCCGCAGCCUCUCUGCCGUCGCCCGGGCACGAGGCAGAGCUGAGGAGCGCGACGCGUGCCGGCAACGUGCCGGGGCUGAGGCGGCGGCGGCGGACAGAUGGAGCCCGAAGGCGCGACCACAAAUCGGAUGCAAACAGAAUCUUUAUCUUCAUGUCCCAAUGCUGUAUCUCCGGUGCCAUUAGAUAAUCUGACCGGUGGUCCAAGUUUUGGAACAGUUACUCCAAAUCGGGUCUUUGUGGGAGGAAUUGAUUUUAAGACUAAUGAAAAUGAGCUGAGGAAGUUUUUUGCUCAGUAUGGCAGUGUGAAAGAAGUGAAGAUAGUAAAUGACAGAGCUGGAAUAUCAAAGGGGUAUGGCUUCAUUACUUUUGAAACCCAAGAAGAUGCACAGAAGAUUUUACAAGAGGCUAAAAAACUUAAUUAUAAGGAUAAGAAACUGAAUAUUGGUCCAGCAAUAAGAAAACAACAGUUACGGAGUCCUCGUUCUACUAUAAUUCCCGAAGCUGGUACAAUGUACUUAACCACUUCAAGUGGAUAUCCGUACAUUUACCAUAAUGGAGUGGCUUAUUUUCAUAUGGCUGAAGUUGCUUCGCUUCCUCAGCCAUGGCCAUCUCGCUCUGUUUCCAGUCCACCUGUGAUGGUAGCUCAACCGGUUUAUCAGUCUCCUACAUACCAUUAUCAGGCACCCACACAGUGUCUUCCAAGUCAGUGGCAGUGGUCUGUUCCACAGUCUCCUGCCUCUCCACCUUCAUUGUUGUAUUUGCAACCAUCUGAAGUCAUUUAUCAGCCCGUAGGGAUUACCCAGGAAAGUGGAUGUAUACCUGCACCUCUCCUAGUGGAAGCUGCAGUUCCUGAGCUGUAUUCUGAUCAUGGAGUUCAAGCACCACAUCACCAGCCUUAUGCCCAGAGUACCAUAGCCAUACCUGCACCUACACUGUGGAGCAUUCACUAUUAAGCGAGUUGGGCAGAUCUAAUCUACUUGCACUGAUUUUCUUGUCCUGUCCUUCCUGUGUGGCUGAGAUCCAUCAUCAACAUAGCUAGCAGCUGCCUGUUGUGAAACUUGGGGUCAGUUGUUUCAUUGUAAUGCUUCCUAUUUAGAAAUUGGAAAAUAAUAAAAUGUGCUCAGAUAGAAUUUAGCAUAGUCUGCAACAUUAUUUAGCUGUUUCCUGCAUGUUUGUAAAUGUCCUAACAAUUCUCGUAUGUAAAACAAGCUUUAUAAUCUCAUUCAUUCCUGGGAUGAUGAUGUACGUAAUAAUUUCAUUGUUAUUUUCUUUCUAGUUCAACCGCCCAAGUUCUGUGUGUUUUGGUUAUUUUCCUUCAGUGGGAAGGGAAGCUUUCAGUAUUCAAUGUGUGAUUAUUUUUGUUUGUUUGUUUCUGAAAACUGUUUUAAAUCCUUUAUUGGCAAGUCAACUCUCUCCCCUUUUCUCCCUAUUUCAUGUGAUGUACAGUAGUUUCUGUUAAUAGAGUUAAACUUUGGCAGGUGCUCAACCAUGCUUUUAUUGUGAAAAAGGUUCUGCUUUUAGUUGCUUACACUUCUUUAAAAAUUAGGAUUUUAAUAAAAUGAGGUUAGGGAAGAAUGUUUUGCAUGUUAAAAUUUGUGUCCAUUUCUUAUUUGAUAGCCUUUAAAUAGACCAGUGAUUUGUAGCAAGGGCUAGGUAUUUCUGAAGUUGUGAUUUCUUUCUGGUCUGAAUACGUACCUCAGUGAUUUAUCCCCAGAUGUGGCUUUUAAAAAAAUCUUAGAAGUCUGCCAGUAUAAAACUGAGCAUAGUUCUUUUCAGUUGGGAACAGGCAGUACAGAAGAGAAAAUGUGUUUGUCUCCUCCCUAUUAGAAUAGGAGUCAAAACUAUUCUCAGGAAGAGUAGGAGAAAUAGGUUGCAACUGAAGUCCUGUAAGGGUGAUGUAAGGAUGUAAUGAAAGCUGAAGUGGACAGGGAGACUGCCACUAGAGAACCUGGAGAUUUAGGAAUGCAGUGCACAACACGAUGUGGAGCUAACAGGUAACGGAAAGAAACUGACAUCUGGAGAUUAAAGUGGGUUGAAUACCGUGAUACAGAUGUAGGAACUAGAGCUAGUUGUAUUAAGAAGAGCCAGAAGGGAGGGUAUAAAGAUUGAGUAAGUUUAACAAACCAAAAAAAAAGUUAGUACUGAAAAGACCUGAGGUAAGAAGACAAGGUUAGAAAGCAAAGAUAGUUUGAAGCUGUCAUAUGGCCUAGUAGGCAUGGGAAGAAAGGACUCGGGCUGGUCAAGUAAGGGGAAUAAAACAGAUGGGAGUUCCACAAAUGGGAUACAGAGCAGCUGAGAAACAAAGGAAGACUGUACGAGAACUUGAUCUUGGGAAGAAUAAAGAGAAGAGUACAAGUAUUCUAAAAACUAUUCUUGCCAGUACCUAAAAUUGAUAGCCCUGUUUUCUGGAUCUUGCUGUCCUGUUAGCAGCUAGCUAGCUGUCCACUGACAAAUUAGUUAAUCACAGCUCCUUGCCUACUUGUUAGUUUACAAAUAGAAAAGCUCUCAGUUAUUCAGCUCAAGUUUUGUAAAUUGGAGUUUUAGCUAAUAAAAAAAAAGUAAGCAUUAUCAUAAAUUCCCAUAGUAACGCAUUGCUUUAAUCUACAUUACAGAGAAUGCAAAAGUAAAAAAAAAUUGUUAGUUUUGCACUGUAACAUAAAAAUACAUUUUCCCUCUCCAAUUACAAAGAGGAUACAGUUGCAUUAAUAACGUGACAUACCUUACUAUAGCUGUAUGAUCAAUGAACCAAACUUGAUAAAUCAUUUUAAGAUUCCAUACUUGUAAAUAAAAGGAAAAUACUUCUUGCCACUGUUGACUUCACCUGUGUACAUAAUGGAGAUCUGUUUUUCCUUUUUGAGCUAAGUGUAUCUAGCUAAUGCAAUAUCCAAGUAGACUGUAACUUUUAAUUGAAGCAUUAUUAAUGCAGUAAAUGGGACACAUUUUGAAAUAGAAGAAACAACACAACAUUUUCCCAUGUCUUUAGGAAUCAAGGUCGCAUUCUGUGAAAAGAGAUUUUUCACAUCUAACAUCUGUGAGUCUGAAACCUUGAGAUAACAUGAAGUCCCCAUUUUCAUCCUAGAAAAGAUUACAGAAUGGAAUAAAAAACUCUUACACUACUUCUACAGGUUCUGUAAACCAGACUUUUAGCUACCUACUUUGCUAACAUACCUAUCACGUGGAGGAUGUAUUCUUCCUAACUUUUAACAUUUGCCUGAAAAUGACCAAGUUCAAAUAGCCCUCCUUUUUGUAAAGUAAUAAAAUACUUUGUGGUUUCAAGUGUUUUUACUUGUCCAAACUACAAUUUUUUUCCUGCAUUUCCUUUCUUAAUAGAAAUACUGUUACAGCACAAAAUGGUGAUUUCUGAUACACGGCGUACUGUAUAAACUUUGGUUACUAAGAUGCAUUGGAAACCAGCAUACUUUUAUUAAAGGGAAAAUUUAACAUUUAAUUUCUGGAUUACAUAAAUUUUAAAGAUAUAUUAGUUACAAAGGAAAAGCCAUUUUCCCACAUGCUGACAGCAUUUAUAUGCUGUGUAUUAAAAACUGGUUAUUGAAGUCUGUACAUUUUGUUUCAGUUCCAAAAUAGAUUGUCUACUUUUUAUUGGUUUGCAGUUGGUAUUUUCUAUUGUUACAAGGUAUUUUACUUAUAUGUCAUUUUAGUGCUUGGGAAUAGUAACUUUUUCAAAUAAAAUUUGUACCACUAGUUUAAUAAUUAUCCUUAUAUGAGGCUGACAUUUUGCUUGCAUAUGGUAAGCAAUAAAUUUGGUUUUAUGGUGUUUUUAGCUGUAGAAAAAGGGAAGAAUUGACUUCUUUCUAUUAUAGGACCAUUGAAAACGUGUUGUUUCUUAAACUUUUUCUGUGUUUGUGCAAAACUUCGGAACUGUGGCAGUAUCACAAGUUGGGAUGAAAUACUGCUUUCUUCUCAACCACAGGGAGAUAAUUUUCUUUCUUUUCCUUGCUUCUCCUCUCACCCCCCUAGGAUUCCUUCCAUGUUUUAUAAAAGUCAGUUCCUCAAAGGUUAAAAUACAGCCAUUGUAGUUAAUAGGGAGUGCAAGCCAUGGUUUAUUGCUUAUGUAGCACAAAGGUCUUUAUUUUAAGUAUGUAAAAUAUCCUUGAGCUUUUCAAUUAUUUUUUUAAUCUGCUCUGUAGUAAUUUGGGGGUUUUCUUUUUGUGUUUGUUGUUUUUUUAUUUUAAUUGUUCAGGGAUCUUAUAGUGUGGACAUUUUGUAUUCAGUAAAUAGUCUAUGUGUAAUAUGUGGAUAGAUGUAAAGAUGAUUCUAGAGUCAAUAGCAUUCUUUCCUACUGUGCAGGAGGAGAGAUGGAGUCUGGUUCUGUUCUUAACGCUGUUUUGAAAUGGUUUUGAAGUUGUUGUGAACGGAGGUGCCAUGUGCUGUCUUGUUUGCAAGUUUCUUCAAGUGACUUUCCACCUGUUGCUAGGUAGAAAAAUCUAUAAAAAUACAAUUUAAGAGGUUCUUUUCUAAAAAAAAAAAAAAAUUGUUACCACAGCAGCUGUGGGAGAUUGUUUUGCCAAUACGUAUCAAAAAAGAGCAUACCAUUUGUUACGUGCAUGGGGAUGUCAGCCUAUUUUUGAGGGGGGGAAUACUCAUCUGCUGUGCAUUGUCAUGUUUCUGAGCCAGUCUGUACCACUGAAGCAUCUGUCCAGUUGUUCUUCUGUUUGAUUUUCAGACUUUAGAAUUCAUCAGUAUAAAUAUAUUACAGAAAUCUUGGCACAUUGUAAUAAUAAUUCAUUUCCACAGAAGAACUUUUACAUAGUAAGUUGUUGGGUUUUUAAAUGACAUGCUGUCUCAAGAUGCCACAGAAAGGUGGUGUGUUCUGUUAGAGCCUUAUUCUUGUAUCGUGGUACAAACACAUUUGACCCAGGAUUCAGAAGAUUUAGUCCCAAGUCCUUAUUUUUGGAAUUCACAAUUUGUUUACCAAAAAGAACUUCCCUGGUUUUAAAAUGCUUAGAGAUCCAAGAAGUAAAUUUAACAGAUAGUACUAUCUUUAAAAAUAGGAAGUGCUUACAGAGAAGUCUUGACUUAAUUGCUUGAAAGUGUACAAAUACUGUACAGUCACUUACAUGUUACCGGAUUGUGGCUAUAGUCCAGAUACUCGGAAAUGUAGUUUAUUUUUCAUUAAUUGGUACAGAUGUUAAAUUGUUGAUAAAGAGUUGAUCCCACGCCCUUUGCUUCAAAGUACAUUUACUUUGUUUUUACUUGCCUGUGAACUUGAUCAUUUGGAAGGAUGUUCAGUGUUAGGCACAGGAAGUAUACCUGCAGUGUUCUGUGGGGCCUAUAAAAUCAGUCCAGAGGUGCUCUUGGUUAGGAUUGUAUCACCAGGUGCUAACCAUGCUUCAUUCUGAUUUGAGACCUAGAGGAGACCAAGAUGAAGCUGUGAAUGUUGGAUUUCCUCCGGGAAUCACAGAUCACUGUUGAAAUACUGAGGGCUCUCUGGUCAUAUGCUAGUCUCUCUUCAGAAUGCUUGCUAAGCAUGAUGGUGUAACAUCGAUCAGCAGUAACUAAACCUUUAACCUACCAAUGGUUGAAUUCUGUAGAAACAAUUAAGGCGCAAUGACUGACUCCUGUAAUUCCGUUACAGAGUUACACAGAUGAUACGCGCUGAGAAAGAGCUACAUCAUUUCCUCAGGUAGUGCAUACAAUUGCAUUGCCUUGAUAUUCUAGCAUUCAUGAUACUGUUAAAUUCUCUUGUACUACACAGUAUUAUUCUCCUGCCACUUAAAACUUCUGUAAUACGGAGAUCCCUGUGCUUUCAUACAGAAGUCAUUUAGUUAACUGCAGAUGUUAAGAUCCUGAUCCCUCACUGAUUUUGAGGUUGGGAGGGGGUUCUCUUUGGUCUUCCAGUUUUCCAUUGAUACUUGUAAGGCUUUACAUACAUGCUAGGAGGGAAAACAUCAGAUUGGGUCUGUGCCCUAUGGACAUUGGGUAACUGAUAGCAAAUAAUAAUUUUGUCUUUGCAUUGUCACUUAUUAGCAGACUGAAUUAAUUUUCUGGUUUCUACCACCUAGAAUUUAGAAACCCUGCUGGUAUCUUUUGUUUUCUGUUGAGCUAGCUCUUGCAGUAUUUCUAGCAACUGUUGUAUAUUUAAUGUUUUAUUUCCAUGGCAAAAUGUUAAUUCAACGUUCUCUAUUAGUUAACACUGGAUAAAAACCUUUAGACUGGCAGAAAAGUUACUGAAGUUAUCUUUCUCCUGUAUUUUUGUGUAUUUGAUCAAGGACCAUUUCUCUUGCAUUAAGCAGAAUUCUCUAAUUCACUAAUAUUUUUGAUUCCUGCUACUUCUAAUCUUAAGCAUCUGAGGUCCAUUCAUCAUCCCUGUAAAACUGUUGACAUUUUUCAUAUUAAAUUUGCAAUUCUUUGUGUUCCGAAAUUCAUUUUCCAAAGUAGCUAAUAUUAAGUCAGUGAGUAAGCUGCAUUCCGAUAGUAACUGAGCAGAAACUAGCAGAACACAUGGCUUUCUUGAAAUGUUUUCCUCCAUUUAACAUAGCUGUAAAAUGGGAGAAGUUGUAUGGUUGUAAAAUUUUUUUUUUACAGUAAAAUAGGUUUGUGGCUUUGUAAUGUUGAAGUACUAUUGUAGUUUUAGUUCACUUGAUACAAAAGUUUCUUACGUUUCUGUUUAAUUAAAAAAAUGCACAGUUUAAAGCAAUAGUUUAAGGAUCCAAAAUAAAAUGCCAAUGUCUUGAUACAUAUGCGCAAUCCUGUAAGCAAAUCCUUAUAAGCUGUUAUGUCAGAAAGCCAAGUAGAAAUACAGAAAGCAGAACAGUAAUAUGUAGCUUUCAUUUUAGCAGUGUUUAUUAAUGUAGCUUAGAUGUAAUGGGAAAGCGUCCCUCUUGUAAGGCCGCCUUGGACUGAGUCAUGAAUAAUUGAAACAGCAUUGAAACAAACUUUGAGGGCCUUACAUAGUUAUAUUGUAUAGCUUGUCAGUGGGCUUGCAGUCUGUGUAAGUGUGUACAUUAAAUGUAAACAGGAUAUUGUUCGUAGUAUUUCCAGUUGGUUUUAAUUUGAUAAACUAGAACAUCCAGUUUCAUUCUAGAAUGCGUAAUGUCAGUUAAUCACAUGGUUGUGUUACUUGAUACUGUACUGCAGAUAGAGAUGUUCUAGUUACUGCAGCCUUGGUAAAUGAGGUGCUGUGGAGGAUAUGCACAGAUAAGAGCUUAAUGAUUUUGUAGACCUUACUUUAGAGAACUAUACGGAGUUUUAUAAAUCAAAACCUCUUUGUGUUGGAAAUACUUGUGAUACAGCAAUAAUAAACAAGUUGUUGUAGUUUGUAACUUCUAGUAAAGUUCUGGGUUGGUAACUAAAAGUAUAGUUCAGAUUGGUGCCUGUCUACUGUUUUGAUUGUAACUUCUGCUUAACUGUAACAUCAAUGAGUAGUUUAAAUAUGGGUUUAGAAAAAUACGAAAAAUGGAGCUGAUUAACUUUUAUCAUUAAACGAUGCUUUUGCGUCAUUAAACUAUUGUCAUGUCUCUGUGUUAAUUAUUUUUAGAACGCUAAGUUAAAUACUACUGCAGAAAAGCUGACUUUUCUGCUCUGUCAAGUUAAACAUGUUAACAAGACUGUGUUCCUGUUACAUUCACAAACGUACUCCUUCAAAAGAAAAAAAACACCAAACAAUUUGGGUGA